UUUUUUCAAAGUCCCAAAACAUAUUCAUGUCUGCGAAUUCGAAUAAUCAUCCUAAUCAUCCUCAUCAUCAUCAGCUACAAGAAAAUGGAGGUUUAGUUAGUGGCCACCACCAAGUACUCUCUCACCACUUCCCACAAAACCCUAACCCUAACCACCACCAUGUUGACACAGCAGCCGCCACCACCGUUGAUCCGAGCAGUCUCAAUGGCCAGGCGGCUGAGAGAGCGAGGCUAGCUAAGAACUCUCAGCCGCCAGAGGGAGCCCUAAAGUGUCCUCGAUGUGACUCAGCCAAUACCAAGUUCUGUUACUUCAACAACUACAACCUCACACAGCCACGUCACUUCUGCAAAGCUUGCCGUCGCUACUGGACACGUGGUGGUGCCUUGAGGAACGUACCUGUCGGUGGUGGCUGCCGGAGGAACAAGAAGGGUAAAUCCGGAAACUCCAAGUCUUCCUCCUCACAGAACAAGCAGUCAACGUCUAUGGUCAACGCUACAAGCCCUACAACUACUAGUAAUGUCCAGCUUCAAACAAAUAGCCAAUUCCCAUUUUUGCCCACUCUACAAAACCUCACUCAACUUGGUGGUAUUGGUUUAAACUUAGCCGCCAUUAAUGGAAAUAAUGGUGGAAAUGGUAACACUAGCUCAAGUUUCUUGAAUGAAUUAGGGUUUUUUCAUGGUGGUAACACUUCAGGUUCGGUCAUGGGUAACAACAACAACGAGAAUAACAUCAUGACUUCUCUUGGAUCAGCAAGCCACUUCGCUUUGUUCGAUCGAACCAUGGGAUUAUAUAAUUUCCCUAACGAGGGCAAUAUGGGAUUAUCUUCUAUUGGGGCUACUAGGGUUUCUCAAAUUGCUCAAGUGAAAAUGGAAGACAACCAUUCGGGUAAUAUAAACCGACCGGUUUCCGGUUUGACAUCUCCGGGGAAUCAAUCCAAUCAAUAUUGGACAAGUCAAAGUCUCCCUGGUUCUUCAUCUAACGAUCAUCAUCACCAGCACCUUAUGUGAGUGUGUUUCUUAGCCGUCGGAUCAUUCAUGGACCUUGUUAAAGAGCCAAUGCAUAUGGAGAAACUAAAAGGUAUAUUAGAAUCGGUUUGUUAUAGUCAAUAUAUGGGUGCAUAUAGAAUCAGGGUGUGACAAAGAAUUAUAUUCGUAUUGUGUGAUUAUGAACUUGUUAGAUGUAUGAGAGAGUGUACUUUGUCGAGUUUGUGUUUGUUCAAUUCGUAUUAUUCACUCAAAUUUUCAUAAAAUAAUACUAACUUA